AUGGACAAUCCAGUAUAUUUAUAUGAAGGUGAUAUACCUAUUGUUGAAUCAGGAGAUUAUGAAGUUGUCGAUUCUUGUACAACUGUUGUUGAUCAUGGAAAUAUUGUUAAUUUAAAGUCAACAGAUAAUUCUUAUUAUCACCAUAGUGAUCCAUUAUGGUCAACUUCAGAUCAACAACAAAAUUCAACAACUAAAAGACCAAAACGUGGCGAAAAAAAAACUGUAAGUUUGUCGUCAACAGGAAUCGUAUCGAAAACAAAAAAAAGUGAUAAUGAUAUUUCCACACUGUUACCACCACGUCGUCGAGGAAGGAAGCCGAAGCCGAAACAAGAACCUAUUAACUCACCGAAAAAAUUGAAAAAAGAACAAGCGAACGAUAUUCUUAUUGAGACUGAUGAUAAUAAUCGACAACAAAAAAAACAGAGAAGAGUAAAAGAAAAGCAAUCGCCACCAUUAUCACCGACGAAAAAAACAAAAACAGAAGAACAAGAACAAAUUAUAGGUGAUUCACACAAUACUAAUUUACGUUCAAAACGUUCAAAAGCACUUCAACAACAACAACACAAACAAGAUUUAUCGAUUGAUAAUAAUCAAAUGAUUUCCAGUCAGAUUCCAGCAACAAUUGAUUUGAAACAACAACAAACUAUACCAUCAACAAUUUUACUUCAAAAUCCUAAUUCAUCUGGAAAUAUUGUUAUUGUUGGAAAUAAUAAUGAUACUACAUCAACAUCAGCGUAUAAUCAAGCAACAAUUUUGAAUGCAUUGACAUUAGCCGGCGUUAAUCCAAAUGCGAUUCAUAAUUCCGACUCAGAUUCGCCAGAUGAAGAUGCAGAUGACGAAGAUUCAAUCAAUAGUAUGGAUGAUGAAAAUGAACAAAGUCAAAAUGAAACAGAAUCGGAUGAUGAAGUGAAUCAUUUAAUGGCAAAAAAAACUCAACAUCGUCGUUUAAAACAACAAAUUAUUCAACCAACAACUAUUAUUCCACAUCGACAAUCACAAAUAAUGGAUGAAUCAUCGCAAGAUGUUGAUGAAGAAGAUGAUGAUUAUAAUAACAAUAAUAAUCAAAUCAAUGAACGUCCAGCUGAUUUUAGUAAUCCUGAAUAUGUACAAAGUUUGGUUAAACCACAUCGAAAACGUCGAACACAUUUACCAACAGAUGAUCAACCGAAGACCAUUCGCUGUCAUCAUACAGGAUGCGGAAAAAUGUUUCGUGAUCAUGCUUCAAUGAAUAAACAUCUUCACACUCAUGGACCACGUGUGCAUGUUUGUCAUGAAUGUCAAAAAUCAUUUGUUGAGAGUUCAAAAUUACGUCGUCAUCAACUAGUUCAUACAGGUGAAAAAGCAUUUCAAUGUCCAUUUGAAGGUUGUGGUAAACGAUUUUCAUUAGAUUUUAAUUUGCGUACGCAUGUUCGGAUUCAUACUGGCGAUAAACCAUAUGUUUGUCCGUUUGAUGGUUGUAGUAGACGUUUUGCCCAAUCAACAAAUCUUAAACAACAUUUAUUAACACAUGCAAAGAUACGUUCACAUCAACCAUUUGCUAUUCCAGCUGUCGCUGUUACGAUUACUGAAAUUCAGCCACAAUAUUAA